UUGCUGCCCAGUCGCUCCCCUUUCCCUGCUACUGUCAGCACGAUUGGACGCCCCCAACUGCGCCCACCACCAUGGAUUUGAAAGGCCUGGCACUGCUGACCCUCUUGCUGGUCACCCUGUCCCUCUCCGAGGGUAAACCUAUCAGCCUGAGUUACAGAUGCCCCUGCCGAUUCUCCGAGAGCAACGUUGCUAAAGCCAACAUUAAACAACUCAAAAUCCUGAACACUCCUAACUGUGCACUUCAGAUUGUGGCCAGAUUGAAGAACAGCCGACAAGUAUGUAUCGACCCUAAACUAAAGUGGAUUCAGGAAUACCUGGAGAAAGCUUUAAACAAGAGGUUCAAGAUGUAAGAGGCAUCCAUUAUGAGUCGUCUAGAGGAUUUCAUACUAUAAGACCAAAGAGCAGAUAAUGAGUUAGGGAAAGAGUGCAUUUUGCUGUCACCACACAGCAUAAGGCAAUGCUAAUCUAUUUGCAUUUUUCAAAGUCUUUUUUUUUUUUUUUGCACGAAUUGCCUUGCUUUCACAGUAUUUUUAAUACAGUAAGGUUUUUUUGUUUUUUUUUUUAAAUGAAGUUUGGUUUAUUGAAUGUCGCCAGUGACAGAUAUGAACUUAGACUUAAGUCCUUUAUUGUUAACUAUUAUAGUAUUAUAACAUUAUUUUCAUGUAAGCCUUAGCUUAUAUUGCACUCAGUUUCUGGGCACACCGAAGAUUGUGAAAGGCUGAGGAGGAGAGGAGUUAAAAUGUAGGAGGACACACAUUAUUGGAUAGCAUUCUAGGGCUUGAGUUGAAGAGUGCAGAUGAUUAAGAUGGGGGAGAUUUCAUGGGAAGCUCAAACUAGGAGAUGCAAGUAAGUGGGGUUAACCAAUGAUGAGGACAUCUUGAAUUUUCCAGUACCAGGCUUGCUGACCUUUCUCCUUAACCAAGAACUGAUGGCAGAGCCCAAACCUGGGAGACUAUGGUUGAACCAGGCCUGGUUUCUUUCUACCAGGUGUCAAACAGAGAGAGGUUAGCUAGUGCAGGCUUAGAACCACUACUCCAUGCCAUCAACUCCAUCCCAUCGUUUCCUCCUCCUCAUUUCCUUUUUCUCACCCAUCAUCAUCUGCAUCCAAGAAAGUCCCCGUCGAUUGUCCAGGAAAAAGAAGAAUCUCAAGCGAGAGCACGUUUGUCUAAAGUGAGCAUUGAGAAAUGAGUGGAAAUUACUGGCCCAAACCAGUGUCUUGCCAAGUUUGUGUGUGAACUUGUGGAGUAUGUGUUCUGUGUGAAGUCUUGUCCAAAUGUCCAAACAUCGUUUCUGUGUUUAGAAGGACUUCUAGAUUCCAGAUGCAGCUUUUUAUAUAUUCUAUGGAAUGCAAAGGAUGGUAGUGAGUGAUUUACUCCUGCAUCUUGAAAGUAGCACCAAAGUGCCUCAACAUCGUUAAACUACUACUGUAAUUCCUGUGUUUGGGGAAUGCCUUAUUUUCUACACUCACUUGUGGUGCAAAUGGAUUUUGCCCAGUGCAUCACGAUUCAAUUCAUAGCAACAACUGCUUCUGGGGACCAGAUCUGUUCAAAAACCAUAAAGCAGAAUUCUCAUCAUUUGGGCUCAGUGGAGACUUUGUCAUGACAGCUUCAAAAUGAAGGUCUAUGGGAAUGGGGAACAGAAAUCUUGGGACUCAACUCCUGUCAUUUGGAGCAUUGGGGAUACCGGGUUUGGGAUCCCAUCCCUUCCACAUCUUGGAAAAGCAGACUCCUCAGCCCCUGACACUGCAUAGCCCCCCUAUUCAACUUAAAUUAUUCAACCCUCCCUAAUAAUGAAAGGUGCUUGUCAUCCACAUGUAUCUAACCUCGCUCCAUAAACCCCCUGGAGUCCCUCACUCACAUCCUUUGCAUCAGAAAUGUUGAAUAAAGAAAAUGAAGCGAUAAUCAAUGCUACUUCUUUUAGAAACAAGAUCCCUAUGCAGUAAAAGCUUCUUGCACUAUUUGAAUUAUGUCCCAAUUUCAGGUCUUGGCAGACUGAGAGGCUUUGGUAUCAUAAUGCUGAUACACUGAGUGGAAGGGGGUCAGUUUGGUAUAACUAACUGCUGACCAAAGACAAAGCCAGGGAAACAGUCAGCAGAACACAAGGAUAUAGCAACCAAUGACAUGUUUGAACAGAGAAAGCCAAAAAGCAGUGAAACUGUGCAAACACCACAUUUCCCGAAAUGGUCAAGCGUCCCAGCCAUGACUCUUGGCAGUUGCAAACACAUCAAAUCCAGCAAAAAACCCCAGUGUUUGCUUACAUUAUGAAUUUCAUUUGUGGUUAUAGACUUAAAAAAAAUGUUUCCAAGCCGAUGUCUGAAUUUUCAGAUGUUUUGGUUUUAUAACUAAUUGAUAUUUUGGUUCUGUUGCAAUCCUAAGAAUUGACAUUGCUUUUCCUCUUUGAGGGUCUUACCCUUAUUAUUUUGGGGGUUGUUUGUCUUGUAUGACCAAGAACUGGGGCUCUCUCUCCUAAUGAGCUACUCAUCUCUAAAGGUGAGUUUCCAGCAUAGAAGCACUUAAAAGGGCUCUUUGUCCACAUACAAAUAAAUAAAUGAAUAAAUACAAUAAACCAAAUCAUAACACUCUUCAGAUCCCUUAAUAUUAGUAGCAGGAGAAUGCACCAAAGAAAGCUUUCACUCAGAAACUACCACCUUCUGGUCUUUCAGUACCUCGUCAUUGAUAACUCAGUGGUAAGAAAAAAAAUGUGAUAAAUACUGUAUUUUGUAUUUCUUUUAAAAAAAGUUGCAUCUCCCAAAUAAUGUGAAAAUGUUUCUGAAGAUGGCAGCUUUAGAGUGAUGUAUACUGUGUGCUUAAAAAGAAUCCUUUUGAUUAAGAAGCAAUCUUUUUUACAUCAAGCUCAUGUCUUUGAUAGAUGUAUAUGCACUUAUAAUUUUCCUAAUAAAAAUCUGUAUUCCAAA